AUGGGAGAAGGUCCUGGUGACAAGCCCUACGAAGAGAUCUCUGAGGAGCUGAUUGCACAGAGGGCGAGGCUGCAGGCACAGAGGGAGGCUGAGGAGCUCUGGAGACAGAAGGAGGCAGAAAUCACCAAGAAGUUCCGGGAUGCUCUGGCCAAUGAGAAAGCCCGGAUCCUGGCAGAGAAGUGGAAAGUGGAGAUGGAGGACCGGAAGGCUGCCAAGGUCCUGGAGGAACGCAUCCGUCAGGAGUUCAAGAGGAAAGAGGAAGAGGAGAGGAAGCGAGGAGAGGAGCAGAUUCGCCUCCGGGAAGAGCAGAGGGCCAAGGAACUCUACUGGACCCUGAAGCAGGCCCAGCUGCAGAGCCACGCCAGCGAGAGCGAGGAGCGUGAGUGGGAGGAACAGCUGCGCAGGUCCAAGGCCGCGGACGAAGAGAGGAGCUGCCGAGCUCAGCGCGCCAGGGACGAGUACCGGCGCCACUCCCUCCGCGCCAUCCAGAAGGGCACGGUCGCCGGCCUCAGUUCCAUGUUCCAAGAGCUUGGCCAGAGCCGCGAGCAGGAGGCCAGACUCUACCACCACCUCCCAGGCCCCGGGCUUCCGCCACCCCUCGCCAUACCUGUCAGCAGGACCUGGGAGCGCCCACUGAGACCUGUCUCCAGAGAAGUCAUAGUCCGCUGGUUUAAGGAGGAGCAGCUGCCUCGCAGAGCUGGCUUUGAGAGGAACACUGAGUCCAUCGCCCCCUGGUUCCAUGGAAUUAUUAGCCGAGAAGAUGCAGAAGAUCUCCUCGAGAACAUGACGGAGGGAGCAUUUUUGGUCCGGGUCAGUCAGAAAAUCUGGGGCUACACCCUCUCCUAUCGCCUGCAGAAAGGGUUCAAGCACUUUCUUGUGGACGCCUCUGGGGACUUCUACAGCUUCCUGGGAGUGGACCCCAAUCGCCACGCAACACUCACCGAUCUCAUUGAUUUCCACAAGGAGGAAAUUAUCACUGUUUCAGGGGGAGAGCUGCUGCAGGAACCCUGUGGACAGAGGAACAGCCCACCAGACUACCAUCUGUUGUUUGAAUGAUUCCCCCCGCCCCCCUUAUCAGUUGGGCUUCUUUGGGCAUCCAUUUUUUGAACUCAACUUAAGAACUUCCCAGCUCAAAUCCUUAUGGCCCUUCUGGAAGAUCCACCACCAUCCAGAGGAUUCAGUAGAUUAGUAUGUCUCAAGGGAUAUGAAAUAUAUGUGCUAUUAGUCCCCGUCCCAAUGCCCAGGACAGAAAUUGCUAAUAGCUGAUGCAAUUCUUUCAUGAAGAGCUUAGUUAUGACUUCAUGAAGCCUAUUUUCCUUGGCCACCCUAAGCUGAGCCCCUAGAGCACCUGGGUCAUGUUUUAAUAAUCCAAAAUAAUUCCAGGGCCGAACUCUGAAUUUAACCCAUGGUAGACAUUUAAUAAAUGUUUGUUGAAUGAAUGCAA